AUGGAUAUCAUACACAAACGUUUAUGCCUUGAUCAAUACUCAUUCAACCCUUUGGUCACGGCAUUGACGCAGACCUCUUGCAUUCUUGCCAUUUCCCAUUUCUUCCACCUUCUCCUCAAGCCUGUGGGACAACCAGGACCAGUUGCACAAGUUCUUGCUGGAGUAGUCUUAGGCCCCUCGGUAUCAUGCCGUAUUCAUGACAUUAGGGAAUUCUUCAUUCAGCCUACUUCCGGGGAUUAUUAUCAGUUUUCCUCAUAUUUGUUUGAGAUUAUGUUUAUGUUCUUAAUCGGUUUGGAGACAGAUAUAUCUUUUUCAAAGCGCAACUUGUAUGUAGCAAGCAUUACUGCUUAUAGUGGUUUGAUCUUAAAUAGCAUCCUUGGAGCAGCUUUGAGCCCACUUUUCAUCAAACUACUGAGAAUCCCUGACAAGAAGAUACAAUUUGCCACCGUUAUCAUGAUGAUCCUAGCGAACUCAGCGUCUCUUGUUGUGAUUCGAUUAGUAGCUGAUUUGAAACUCGACACUUCAGAUGUAGGAAGAUUGGCAGUAACUUCUUCUUUGGUCAAUGAAAUGUCAUGUGUUCUUGUAGCUUCUCUAUAUCACGCUGUGGGUUCAUGGAAAAGUUUUUCUUUCUUAUUUCUCACCUUUCUUGUAACCGGAUUGCUUAUUGGUUUGAACCAAUACUUCGCCUUCUGGAUUAACAAGUCGGACGGGGAUAACAAAUAUGUGAACAAUGCGGAUGUUUCAUUUAUUUUUUUCCUGAUUCUGAUGUUAUCAUUUAUUGUUGAAACAUGUGGAUAUAGCAGCACGAUUUCUUGUUUCUUAGUUGGUUUGAUGUUUCCUAGAAAAGGAAAAACAUGUAGGACACUUUUGUCCAAACUCAGUUAUCUUGUUGACAACUUCUUACUUCCAAUUUAUUUCGGAUACAUUGGGUUUCAGUUUGACGUAAAUUAUUUGAACAGUAUUGCCACCAUCAUUACGGUUGUUGUUAUGAUCCUGUUGAACUUUGGGGGCAAACUUGUUAGCACCUUUGCAGCUUGCCAUUACUUAAAGGUCCCACUGAAUGAAGGAUUCAUGUUUGCUUUGAUACUCAGCUUGAAGGGCCAUUUCGAUCUUCAACUUAUCAAUGUAGAACCAAACUCCAGGUUAUGGUGGAAUCCAUGUGUCCACAGUGUGCUGUUGUCCACUGUGGUGUUUGACACGGUUAUUGGGGGGAUCAUAGUUGCUUUUACAGUAAAACGAGAAGAAAAAUCCUUAUCUCACAAACAAACCUCACUUGAAUUUCAUGAUCCGGAGUCUGAACUCCGAAUUCUGGCUUGCACCUAUGGCUCAAGGCAUUCUUCGGGAGCACUAGGGCUAAUUUCAGCUUUGGGUGGAUCCAAAAGGGCAAUAGUCACCCCUUACUUGAUGCACCUGGUUGAACUCCCGGAGAAGCGUAAAACCAAUCUGAUGUACCAUCAACUUGCUGAGGGUGAUCAAUACAGUGACGAAGAUGACUAUGGUGGAGAUGAUGCUGUGGACACCUUUACCUCUGAGACAAAAAUUUUGAUCAACAUUGUUAAGGCUGUGUCAUCUUUUGCAUCCUUGUACGAGGAUGUGUGUACUGGUGCUGAGGACAGGUGUGUAUCUAUUAUAUUCCUUCCAUUUCACGAGCAUCAACGCAUUGAUGGCAAUAUGGAGAUUGACAAGGAAGGGAUUAGAGCAACUAACCAGAGGGUUCUGCCCAUGCUCCGUGCUCGGUAGGGAUCCUUGUGGACAGAACAAUAACUGGAUUCCAGCGACCACAUGGCUCCAACUCGGUGCAACAUGUAGCAACUUUGUUCUUUGGAGGCCCCAAUGAUAGAGAGGCAUUGGCAUUUUCCAAGUGGAUCAGCAGCCAUCCACAAGUUAACUUGACACUCAUCAGAUUCCUCCCAGUAAGAGAACAGAUUUCUGGAAGUCAUAACCAGGACAACGAGUUCUUAUUGACUGUGUCAACUAACAAUUCUCAGACCGCGAUAGACAAUGCCUCUCUGGUAGAAUUCUAUAACAGGUAUAUUGCUUCAGGUAAAGCCAAUUACACAGAGAAGCAUGUUAGCAAUGGGGGAGAAACUGUGACAGCUUUAACAGAAUUAAGAAAAGUGUACUCGUUAGUUAAUUAUAGUUGGAAAGGGUGGAAGAGGGAAUUCAUCAAUAACAACUUUGAGUGACUGGGAGGAGUGUCCAGAGCUCGGGACAGUAGGGGAUUUUUUGGCUUCUACAGAUUUCAACACCAAUGCUUCAAUUCUAGUUAUUCAAAAACAUCAGCACACCACUGAUGAUAGCUUCAGAGGUGACCACUGAAUGUAAAUGUAUUUCCAAGUUAGUCAUGAAAGUUUUAGCUGU